UGCUCGUUUUGGUAUUUUAUUUUUUAAGAAAUGGAUGAAAUCGAGAUUAAGGAUGAGUAUAACACAAAUAAUCAAUGCCAGACGUGUCUCAGUGUUGGUCGCAAAUUGAAACCGAUAGGGAAAUACAUUGCUAUUUAUAAGAAAAUUGUUUCCGACUAUCCACCAGAUCAUAUGUUUCCAAACCAAGAUAUUUUACAAGUCCUACUUUGUUGGGAGUGUGAGGCAUUGCUAAGAAGAGCUCAACAGUUCCAGGAGCAUGUGCGGAAGGUCAAUGAACUGUUACAAUUCGGACAGAUUUACCUUCACAGCAGUCUGUCAAACCUGACAACAAUUUUACUUAACGAAACGCACCGUAAUAUAAUUUAUAUCAAUGAAACACAUAAAAGCACAGAUGAAAAAUAUAAAAGCACAGAUGAAAAACAUAAAAGCACAGAUGAAAAACAUAAAAGCACAGAUGAAAAACAUAAAACCUCAGAUGAAAAAAAUAAAAGCUCUGAUAUAUCAGAUGAUGAUUUUGAUACAGAACAACUUGCUGUAAUAAAAUCUGAAUUAAAAGAAGAGAACAUUGAUAAGAGGAUCAAAAAGAGAAAUAAAUGGGCUCUGAAACGCGCUGAAAAGAAUAAAAAGCCAAAAUUUAGAAUUAUUGAAAAUGUUAGCGAAUGUUUUAGAAUAUUUAAAAUGGAUGAUUCUGAAAUUGAACAUUCUAUGCAAAGGAAAGCAGCCAAAGAUAUUGGUUUAUCAGAAUUUAAUUGUAAUACAUGUUUGGUUAGUUUUGAUGGGCAUAGUUUGUUGACGAAACACCUAAAGAGAUGUAAAGAGUCUUCAAAUUACUAUGUCUGUGACAUAUGUAAAAAAAGUUAUACAAACAAGCGCCAUCUGUCGGCACACGUUGAGAAGCAUUACUACAAGUACUCGUGUUUGGUUUGUGCCCUCGAGUUUUUAAAAAAGAAGGACGUUUCUGUACAUUUAAAAAAGGAACACAAAAGAAUUUUUGAAUGUAUUAAAUGUUUACAAAAAUUUGGGCACCGCCGGGAAUUCUUCAAGCAUUAUAAAGACCGCCAUGAGAAGUUUAUUUGUGACUACUGUGGAGUUUCUUUCAAGAUGCGGUACUGCAUCAAAGAUCACAUAAGGAAACAGCACUCUCCGUUUGAAUGUAAGCCGUGCAACAAACGCUUCGCACGCUAUGGCGGCCUAUGGCUUCACAAUAAAGUCAGGCACAGCACGCCCACCGCCGGGGCUUACUGCGUGGAAUGCGACAAGAAAUAUGUGGACGUGUAUAGAUACAGGUGGCAUUUGAACAACAGCGCGCGUCACAGACGCACCCAGGCGAAGAAGAGAAUUCCCUGUCCGAACUGCGAGAAAGUUUUCACUAAGAACAUUUACAUGAAAGACCAUUAUAAUUUGGUUCAUUUGAAGAAUUUCAAAUACAGAUGCGAGGAGUGUGAUAAGAAUUUCAUACGCAACGCAGACUUAGUGAAGCAUAAACGGAGAGUGCACGAAGGCAUUCUGCCGCCGAAAAACAAGAUCUGCUUCAUGUGCGGCCGCGGCUUUACCACACGCAAAAUCCUGACGAACCACCUGCGCACGCACACCGGCGAGCGUCCGUUCGCGUGCGCGUGCGGCGCUCGGUUCGCGCAGCACGCCGCGCUCAAUGCGCAUGCGCGCGCACGAGGACAUUAUAACCUUAACACAAGACCGCCUACAUGAGGAUAUAGACUGAAUCUGUGUGGCAUCUUCUCUAGGGAUUUUGAUAUGAAAUAUCAGAGAAAAUUACGGGCUUGUCGUACCAAUUGAAGUAAUAGUUCUUUUUUUUUUUUACAAAAAAGACGCGCUGUUUCAUCUAUUUGGCGCCAUCUACAUUCUUAAUGUCAUCAAUAACAUCGUCGGAGAUGCGGUUCCCCAGGCAUCUCACCUAGCCUGGCGAAAGAUCUUUCCUUUAGUGGCGGUAAAGCCGAAUCAUCGCUCCCGCUAUAAAAGUAUAAUUCAAUAAAA